AGGAUCAGAGGGGAUAUUGAUAUGAGUGAUAUAUCGAGAUUAGCCAAUAAGAAACGACUUUAGAUUUUGAGUAUCUCUAAUCCAUCUUUUUUAAUCCAUAUUUUUUAUCAUUGCCUAUUAAAUUUUUUGAAUUAUAGAAUGACUCAAAUGUGAAAUAUUUUUAUUUAUACAUACUAAAGAAAAAUUAUAUUUUAAUAAUUUAACAUCAAAUAUAACAUUAGAAGCAUUUUACAGAAAAAUAUAAUUUUUGUGAGAAUAAUUAUUUCAUUUUUUAUGUGCAAUCAAAUACCAAACAAACAAAACUAUGUUACGUCUACAUCUAUUUCAUUGAUAAGGUUUAACUAUGCUUAAUUUACCUGUUUUGAAUAAAGUUUAAUUUAAAAUUUAAUAACUCUUUUAUCAGUUAUGUUAAAUAUGCUUUUUGUUGAUGAUUUAUAAUAAAACCUUUAAAUUAUGUAUUUCAGUGGUAAACAUCAAAACAUAUUUCACAACUGAUAAAAAUCAAUUUUGUAUUAUGUAUUACAGUGAUAAACUUUCAAAUAUGUACUUUCAUUUAUCAAGUUUAUUUUUAAUUUAUCUGUUUUAAAUAAUGUUAAAUUAAAAUUUGACAACUUCUAUUUUUAGCAGUUUUAUUAAAUAGUUUUUGGUGACGAUUUAAAUUAUGAACUUUUAGUGUCAUGAUUAUUUUCAUUCCUCAUUUCUUCUAUGAAAAAGAAUAAAAAAUCUAUCACUAUAUGCUUUGAAUGUCAUUGAUAAUGUGUGUUGAAUUCAUUUGUAUUAUUUCUAUUAUUAUUUGCUCAAAAACUGCUCAAAAACUGCUAAGAAUCUUGUUAUUAUAUAAAUUGCAAGAAAUUAUUUUUGUUAGCCUUUUUUAAUAUAUUUUGAGUGAAGAUUUAUAAUAAAUAUUUAUAUUAUAAAUAUUCUUCUUUGUUUGAAGUUACGGUUUUUGAAUUGUUAUUGGCAAUUGAUAAUAGAAGAAAAUAACAUUUUAGUAAUUUAACAUCAAAUAUAUCAUUGUUGACACUUGAAAGAAAAUUAUAUUUAGUGAAUCAGUACAAUAUUUUCUCUUUGUACUGUGCAUUCAAACACCAAAGAAACAAACAAUAAUUACAUUUAGUGAAUCAGUACAAUGUUUUCUCUUUGUAGUGUGCAAUCAAACACCAAACAAACAAAAAAUGUGUUUAUGUUUACAUCUAUUUUUGAAUAAUGCUUAAUUCAAUUUUUCCAACUUCUUUUUAUUAGGUUUGUUAAAUAUGUCUUGAUUAACGAUUUAUAAUAAAACAUCUACAUUAUAUAAUGGUUAUAAUAAAAUUUUGUUUCAUUUGUUAUUCAUUUUUGAAGAAAAAUAAAGUCAACUAUGCUCUUAGAUCAUAUCAAAACACUAUUUAUGGCCAGCAUAUUUUAUCAAGUGACAUUUUGAUUUGUUUCAUCAAUUCCAUGUUGAUUCUCCAUCACAUUAGAUAUAUAUAUAGUUUUAAUUGAAACAAGAUGUUAAACUCCAUUUGAUAAUUAGAUUGAAUUUUAUGCUGAAACUUGAAUAUUUGUUCGACAUAUAUUAUCAAUUAAGCAAAAACAUAUAUUUUAUUAUAAUUGCGACAGCAUGAAAUUAUGUUUAUUUUGAUCACUGAUUGUAAAUUUCUCUUUAUGAUUUUAAGAAAGAGAAAAAUGAGUUUAGCUAGUGUUUUAUACAUCAUUACAGAAAACAUGUUGGUUGUUUACUAAACAUAGUAACAAGAUUUUUAGCAGUUUUUGAGCAAAUAAUAAUAGGAAAAGACUGUGGACCUUUUGCAACUCAAGACCCACGGCACCGCCUGGCGAUGUUAACGUGCCGAUUUCCAAGAAAGAUGUUUGGGCUCGUGAGUUGGCUUAAAAGAGAGCAAACUUGAGUUAAUUUUGAAGAACUCUAAUCAAAAGUUAAAAGAAAACUCUAAUCAAAGUUAGUGAAGUUGGACUCGAGUUGGCAAAGGAAAGUGCUUGGAGGAGAAAGGUGUUCUCUAUGAGAAAAUUAAAGAGGUCUUGAGGAAACAAAAGGAUAUGAAGAGUGACAUAGACUCGGUGGAUAAUUGUGGAUGACUUCAGAGGAUGGAAGUGGUGGUAGUGAUGAUGAUGGUGGCUGUGACGGAAGGAGGUGGAGACGACAUUGCAUAAGUUCUUUGUCGUAUUGGCUUGGUUUUAAGGAAUGCUUGUGAUAUCAAUCAAAUUAUCUUAUGAGCAAUUUUACUCUCUUAAAUUAGAGGUUCAGUUAUAGUACAUAUGGAUCGAAUCUAUAGGAAACAUGGACAUAUAAUAAACUUAAUGCAAUCACGAUUAAACUAGGCAAAAGAUUAUUAAAACAGUAAAUAAGUAAAGUAGUUGGAUGUUUGAUUGGUUUAUAAAUAUGAGAACAAAUAGCUAAAUCUAGGUUUCAGGAAAUCAUGAUUAUAAUGAUAUAGAAGCUAAGGGUGUGCAAAAUUACAAUCCUAGAACUCGAAUUCUAAUGUAAUGAUAUCUAGUUGUCGCUGCGAGUCUAAUAAAUUGUCUAAGUCUAGUGCUCUAGCUUUCACUUGUGAACACGGAUCGAAUGUCGAUCGACGCUACCUUUCUAGUGUCGAUUGAUACUACCUUAGGCCGGUUUUAUGAUCCUAUUCGAUAAGUUCACUAAUCUUCCUAGAUCAGCUGUCGCAUGUUUCUAGCAACCUAGCUCAAGAGAAUUAAUUCAGGUGAAGAACCUACCAUCGUAGUUGUGUACAAUCCUCAGAUCAUGGUUCUAGUUAGCUACUUUAGAACACAAGCAGUAAGAACAUUUUUAAUGAAGGAUGUCUUAUAAUUCACCCUAGGAAUUCUAUAGUUUUAGCUAAUCCAUCAAAACCCUAAUUAACCCUAAAUCUAACAAAAGAAACUACCCAGACAUGAUCAAGCAAAGCAUGAUAAUAAACUGAAUAGAAUGCAUAUAAUAUAGUUAAGAAAUAAAUGGAGUUCCAAUAUAAAUCUUUGAAAGAGUCUUGGAUCUUCUCUCCAAAUCUACUGAAAAUCUUAUUGUUUGCUAUGAAUAAUAGAAAGUAAAAUCGUUGUAUUUUGCCCAAACAAUGGCAAACACUAUAAAUAUUAGGUAAAAGUCCGCCAGAUGCAGUCUUGUAAUUAUGUGGAUCAUCUGGGUUCAAGUCGGCCUCGAACAAGUCAACCCGUCUUCUCACGUCACUGUCGAGCAACGACAAUCUAUCUGAAUGUCGAUUAUGGUUGGUUUAUGAACAACUACGAAUUUCUUCUAUCUUUAGCUCCAGAAUGUUCCAUAAUCUCCACAUUGCUCCUAAAACAUACCUCAAUAUGAAAAUACUCUAAAAAUCCUAAAAUACAUAUAAUAGAUUCUAACACAAUCAUAUACCAUGGUUGAAAACUGAUAAAGUCCAUGGUAUAUCAGCUUGUGUCUUAUUUUAGUAUUGUUGUUAACGAAUGAUUUUGAUUAUCUAGUUUUAAGUAAUUUUUGUGUUAAGGAAUGAUUGUAUGUUUUUAAGGAACGCUUGUGUUUGUGUUUUUUUUUUUUUUUAAUAUUCUUAUUAGAACUUAUUUAUCUCGUUAAGGGUUGUUAAAAGCUAGUUAAGCUUUUUUUCUCUUCCAGUAUUCUCCAAGAAAAUAUAUUGCCAGAGCCGGCCUUGACACCACGCCAACCAAGCAGUCGCUUCCAGCCGCCAAUUUUAUCAAGUUAUUUCGGCCACAAAAUUAAUAAUUUUCUUCUAGCCUGGUGAAAAGUUACCACAUGUUACUCUUUCCAUGUCUUAAGUUCGACCCUCCAACAUGUACUCUACAAACUUAAUUUUUUGAGGAUAUGCAAACCAGCCAAAAAAAAUUUUUUUGCUUGCAGCCUUAGAAUAUUCAGGACCGGCUCUGUAUAUUGCUCAUAAGUUAUGUUGGACCAAAAAGACAAAAGAUAUUGAUGUGAUCUAGUUACUCAUACAUUUGUAAAAAAAUUUGUAUUUGGUACAGUUUUUUGUACCUCAUCAGGUUUGCUCACUCAUGUACUACUUAACAACAAACAUAUAAUAGAAACAUAUGAUUGUUUAAAAUUAUAACUGAAAAGAUCUGAAUAAAAAUAGCUUAGUCCAGAGGUAAGAGUCAUUUUAAAGUUUUAAAGCCUUUUUACAAAAACAAAAUCUGAAAAAAGAUAUCUCAAUACAUAUUUCAUCUAAUCUAAUGUUAAUGAUAAAGUCCACUUGAAUCGACCAAAGGGGAAGGAAGUAUAAAAAUCCAAUUCUUUGACGGAAACCCAUGAAGCCUUACUAAUUCUACUAAUUGAAAAAAAAAAUCUGAAAGGCAUUUCAAUAUUUAUUAACUAUGAUAUAUAUAUAUAUAUUAUUAUUUUUUUUUUUGGUAAAACAUUAACUAUGAUAUAUCAAUCAACAUUAACUUCUAUAAUUUAUGUCAAAAUUUAAUAUAUAUCGUUUCCUUUUAAUUUGUACACCCAAUUGAAAGCUGUAGCUAAGCUCUACGUAUGCACGAGACAACAGAGCUUUAUCUUCUACACUUUGUACGUUUGAGAGAGAUUAAUAACAGAAACAAAUCCCUUUGGGAUCUUCUUCCUCGUGAAGCUUUCUCUCCACUAACAACUCUGUCAUUUCUUCUCCAGUUAAGGCAACUACUUACCAUGGCCACCGAGCAAGAAUUCACACGCGCAUCACGCGUCUCACGUGCUUCAAGCAGACGAAGAUUACACGGACGAGGAAGAAGAAGAGACACGUGUGGGGGUCACGUGCGGAGUAAGAAGAAACGGCUCAUGGGGUUCCUAUAAUAAAUGGAUGAUGUUGGGUCGAAUACUUGACCCGAGAACCAAACUGGUUCAAGAAUGGAACAGAGUCUUUCUCCUCGUCUGCGCGACGGGCCUUUUCGUGGACCCACUUUUUUUAUACAACCUCUCUGUGAACGACGCGUGUAUGUGUUUGCUCGUCGACGGAUCUUUUGCACUUUUGGAACAUUUUGAUUCAGUAUUAUGAACAAAAGUAUAUUCAUAAAUUUAUGAGAUUUUUUUAUAUUCUUACUUUUUUAUUAGAUUAAAAAAAUCCACGUAUAUAUAGUUAUGUUUUUUCUUAAUAACUUUUGUGUUUUAUACGUUAGUUGUAAGUAUAGAUCUAUUUGUCAUAUGAGUUCAUUUUUUUUAUUUUAAUAAUUUUUAUAGACAAAAUUUUUGAUAUACAAACCAAUUAAAUUAUUUAUACAUGUUCUAACGGUAAUGUUAUAAAACAAUUUAAUAAAAUAUUGUUUUGUAAAAGAUGUAAAAAAAAUCUAACUAAAUACUAUAUAAAUAAAUAUUUUUACUAAAAACUUAUCUACCAAAAAUUCACAUUCAAUUUUAAAAUAUUAAAAUAUAUAAUUGCAAGUCGAAGACAAAAAUAUUAUUUGUAUUAAAAUUUAAAAAUUAUUUGUACCCAAAAAUUUACGGGCAACUACCUAGUACAUAAUAAACACAAUUUUUUAGUAAAGUAGCAUUGAGUAUAUUAUUCUUCUUAGUAAAGUAACAUUGAGUAUAUCUUUGUAAAGAGAAACUAGAUGACAUUUUUGUGAGACAAUACCAAAAAAAAAGAAAAAAAUCUUUUGUUUCCAUAUUUACUCGACAAAUAAAUUCGGAAAAUCUGGAAACUGACUGUGUUUGAUAAUAACUUGACGAGCAAGGCUACUCCUCUUAUAUUAUUAAUACGGAGGGCAGCACGAUUAGGGUUUCUUCUUACUUAGGAAGGUAUUCAUGUCUCUGCUUAUCAGCCGGCUGUCGAAGCUCCGUCUUGGGAAAUCUCGAAGAUCACCUCUUCUCUCAAAUGGAUUUUCAUCAUCCUUGAGGAAAGAGCAAACCCCUCCAUGUUACAUCGUCUUAGCUGAACUCUGUGAACCUUAUAAAGCCGGUCUCGGAAAACUCUACAUUUCCAGGGUUCAUAAUGAUAUGAUUGAUCGGGAGAGGAAGGUGGUGCAUGGGGAGUUGGUGUAUAAUGAUAUAUUUGGUACAGUGGUAACGAUCGGCGCAUCUAAUGGAUGGGUAGCUACUUUGAAUGGCAAAGACGGAAUCAUGCGUCUCCAAGAUGAUCUAAACCCGUACGCAUCGUAUACGGAUCCUAAGCGUAUCCCCCUGCCUCCUCUUGUGACUCUCCCACGUUGCCAAACCCAAAUCGUCACCAACGUGUCAAUGUCCUCAUCUUCUCCAGAGGAUGAAGACUGUGUUGUGGCUGUCAAGUUCUUGGGACCUCAGCUAAGUUUUUGUAGACCAGCUCAUACUAAACCCGAGUGGGUCAACAUCAGGAUCGAUAACCCAUGCUUCUACUCCUCACGUGUUAUGUUUUCCAAGAAAGACAACGUGUUUCGCAUUCUCGGAGCUGGAGGCCAUCUCAUGGGAUCAUGGGAUCUCCAGAAUCACAAACACAAGAUUCAGAGGUUGCGCUUUGAAAACAUUCCCGUGUUAACCAAGCCCACUAACGAGUUUAUGGAUUCGUGCUGCACGUACGAGCACUUGGUGGAGUCAGUAACCACCAGCGAAACUUUCAUGCUUAAGCAGUACAAGAAGACUAGCGAGAUAGUCGAAGGCGUUGCCAGCAUGAAAACAAGAAAUUUAAUGGUGUUCAAGCUAGACGAUGAAGGAAAUGCAGUUUACACUCAAGACAUUGGAGGUCUCGUCAUUUUCCUCUCAAUGUCUGAACCUUUUUGUGUCCCGGCUAGCUCAUUCCGGUUGCUCCCUAACAGCGUCGAAACCUUGGAUUCAUGCGAACAUGGAUUUGUCGAUCUGGAUGAUCGCUACGCUUAUACAAAUAUUGGUUGUCCCAACCCGGCCCCUUUCUUUAUUCCACCACAAAAUAUAGACUAGUAACUGUUUUGUAAUAGUCAGAGAGUCAUGCAUCCACCACUAAAACUUUUUUAUAUCUUACCAGUUAAUUGGUGUUAUAGUUCUUAGCUUAUUUUUGCUGUAUGUUUUUGUUUUUAUAUCUUACCACUUAUAUUCACGCCCUUUCUUUAUUCCACCACAAAAUAUAGACUAGUAAGUGUUUUUGUAAUAGUCAGAGAGUCAUGCAUCCACAACUAAAAACUUUUUAUAUCUUAUCAGUUGGUGUCAUAGCUAGAUCUUAACUUAUUUUUGCUGUAUGUUUUGUUUUUAUAUCUUACCACUUAUAUUCAUGCGGACAUCAUAUCCCUUUAAUACAUAAAAGUAAAGAAAAUAUA